AUGUCCAAGAUCACAUAUAAUCAAUGGUUUUACAAUUUUCCUCCACAACUCUCGAAGCUAAGUUUGUCGGGUUGUAAGCUGGUUCAAGAUCCAAUGGUAACAUUAGAGAAGCUUCCUAAUUUGAAAUUGAGUAUAUCUGAUUGCAACAAGUUGAAGAGUGUUCCUGAUGGACUGAAAUUUGUUGCUGGUUUGAGGGAGUUAGAGAUCAGAUGGAUGCCUAAAUUAUUCAACAAUAGGCUUGGAGUUGGUGGAGAGGAUUACCAUAAAGUCCAACAUGUUCCAUCUGUUGUAUUUUUCAAUUAG